AUGGAAGCUGAAACCAGGUUCUCACCAAUUGCUCCGCUUGUGUUUGAUGGAGAAAACUACCAGAUUUGGGCAGUACGCAUGGAGACAUACUUGGUUGCUUUGGAUCUUUGGGCAGCAGUGGAAGAAGACUAUGAAAUUCUUGCACUUCCAAAGAAUCCAACCAUGGCGCAGAUCAAAGCGCAGAAGGAGAAGAAGACAAAGAAGUCAAAGGCCAAAGCAUGCUUGUUUGCUGCGAUGUCAUCAAUAAUUUUCAUGAGAAUAAUGUCCCUUAAGACAGCUAAGUCUAUAUGGGAUUAUCUCAAGGAAGAAUAUGCAGGAGAUGAAAGGAUAAGAGGAAUGCAGGGAUUGAAUUUGAUAAGGGAAUUCGAGUUGCAAAAGAUGAAGGAAUCUGAAACAAUUAAAGAGUAUUUAGAUAGACUUCUCAGAAUUGCAAACAAAGUGAGGCUGCUCGGGUCUGAAUUAAGUGAUUCAAGGAUUGUAGAGAAGAUCCUUGUCACAGUGCCUGAGAGGUAUGAAGCGACAGUUACAACCUUGGAAAAUACCAAGGAUCUGUCAAAGAUUCCCUUAGCGGAAUUACUUAAUUCCCUGUAG